CUGACAGCAAACUGGAAAACUAUUUAGUAGAUAACUUAUACGUAGAUAUUUCAUAUUCGUCACUUUUGUGAAAAAAUUUGUUCCCUUAGAACGUUCGAUUUUUGGAAAUUAACAAUGCAGCGAGUACCAUGUAUUAUUUCGAGAAAUAUGGCAUUUUUAAGUAAGGCCAGAAUGUCCGGUGAGCCGGGAUCUGGUGCCGGAAGAGGAGGCGGUGGUGGUGGUUCCAUUCGCGAAGCUGGUGGAGCUUUUGGUAAAAUGGAAGCCGCUAGAGAAGACCAGUACUUUUAUAAUCAGCAAAAGAAACAGUUAAAGGAAUUACGUGAUGGCCUUCAUGACGAGAUUUCCUUCCAUGAGGAACAAAUUAAACGUCAUCAGGAAGCAAUCAGUCGUCACAAAAAUAGAAUUUCCGAUAUGGAGCAUAAAUGAACAACUUAAUUUGAACAAAUAGAAUUGAAAAAUUCUAUAAACUCGUCUCGUAAACAGAAUCAUCCUUGAGAUAUUGCAGAAAGUAAUCAUUGUAGAAAUUUAAUUUGAAUUCUUUUUUUUUAUUAUUAAUUCAGUCUGUUAAAAAUCAUAAAUAAAUACCUCGUUUUUACUGUU